AUGAGUGAAUACCACAAGGCUUUGAAAGUGUUGAUGAAAUCUCCAGUCACGGACGACAUGAUCCGCUUCCUUACCAAUUGCACUUUAAAAGUGCUACCACAACAUAGCUACCCUUCCCCACCAGGGUCUCCCAAGGGUAACAAACUACCAUCCUUGAUGAGCUUUAUAAGCCGUUUGGUGAGACACACAAACGUUUACACCAGCACUUUGCUUACCACUGCGUGCUAUUUGAACAAACUGAAAUGCAUUCUUCCCAAGGAUGCAUCGGGUCUACCUUCUACAGUGCAUAGAAUAUUCCUAGCCUGUUUGAUCCUAAGUGCCAAAUUUCACAACGAUUCAUCACCUUUAAACAGACAUUGGGCUAAAUACACCGAUGAACUUUUCACAUUGGAAGAUAUCAACCUAAUGGAGAGGCAAUUGAUCCAACUAUUGAACUGGGAUCUACGAGUGACAAAUGAUGAUUUGAUCCUCGAUCUACGCCGCUUACUCGAACCAAUCGUCGAAGAUAUCGAACGCACUUCAAGACAAAGACGCAGACUACAAAAACACCAACUAAGAAAGACCAGCGCUGGCGCAGGACUCUACGAACAUCAAAGAAACAUUUCAGUAUGCUCUGAGUUGAGCAGUGCGACACUCGUAGAGUCGCGCUCCAACUCGAGUCUACGACUCGAUAAAGAAAUAUGGAACGAUCAAGGUCUGCCGACCAGCGACAGUUGCGAAUCCCUACAAACGCAGGAAGCAUUGCCAGCUGGCACGACCAAUUGA